AUGUCAAUCAUAGAUCAGAAUGUUUCCGUGCUUACCACCACAUGGUUCUACGACUACAACUCAUUUUCCACCUCCGCAAAAAGAGAUAAAAAUGACAUAGAAUUAACUACAAAAUAUAGCUCAUUGCCAGCUAAUCAAUUUUCAACAAAUCCUACAACUGAGACAAACAUUAACACUACGAGCAAAAAAGCUAUAACUCUGCUUUCUAAUAAUUCAACAUUCGAAGACGACUCAACAAAUAUAAGUGACACAAACGGAGCAACAGAAAAAACUUAUACUUUAUCUACAAAUACAAAUAUUAAAGCAACUACAACUAAAGUUCAAGAAACUACAUUAGACGAAACAAUACCUCAGGAAACCACUACUAUAAGAGCAUCCAUUUCAGUUGAAAAUGAAAAGCCUCCACAAACCAAUACCCCUGAAGAUACGACACCCAGGCGUGAAGAAAUAACCAUUGAAAAUAAAAUUUACAAUACUGAUUUAACAACAAAAUCAAGUUCGUAUCCAACAACCAUUGACGAUACUGUUUUAACAACAGAAAAAACUGAUACUUCAUCUACGUAUGAAAAUGUUGAGGCAACUACACUUAAAGUUCAAGAAACUACAGUAAACGAUGUAUCACAUGGGGAAAUUACUACAAUAAAGGAGUCUGUUUCCAAUAAUAGUCAAAAUCCUUCCCAAACCAAUAUUCUGAAAGAUAUGACACCAAAUAGUAACGAAGCAACUACAGACAACAAAAUAUACCACACUGAUGGAACAACAAAAUCAAGUCAUUAUUUAACAACUAUCGAUGGUAGUGACAAAUCGACGGAUAAUACUUCUAAUUUAUCCACGGAUAAAAAAACUGAGGCAAUUACAAUAAAAACUAAAGAAACUACAUUUAACGAUGAAACAUCUUGGGAAACCACUACGUUAAAUGAAUCUGUGUUAAAUGAAAGUAAUAAUUCUUCAGAAACCAAUACUUCUGAAAAUGCUAUGCCACAAAAUAAAGAAACAACCACAGACAAAAAAAUGUAUAGUACUAAGGCUACAGUAACAACAAGUCUUAAUCCAACAACUAUAAACGACACUGAUGGGUCAACGGUACAUGCUUAUACUUCAUCUACUGGCACAAAUGUCAAGCCCACGACAACUGAAACUCAAGAAAAAACAUUUAGCAAUAUAGUACCUCAAAAAUCUACUACACUCGGUAAGUCUGUUUCAAAUAAAAUUGAAAAGACUUUACAAACUCAUGCUCUUAAAGAUGUAACACCUGAAGAAUAUGGAACAUCUGUAGAUAAAAAAAUUUACAUUACUGAUUUAACAACACAAUCUAGUUUUUAUCAAACAACCGUUGACGACAUUGCCUCAUUAACAGAAGAAACUGAUACUUCAUCCACUGAUAAAAAUGUUAAGGCAACAACACUGAAAAUUCCAGAAACAACAGCAAACAAUGUAUCAUCUUGGGAUAUUACUUCAAUAAUCAAAACUGUUUCAAAUAAAAGUCAAGAUUCCUACCAAACUAACGGUCCAGAAGAUAUAUCACCAAAAAGCAAUAAAACAACAACCGCAAACAAAAUUUACCACACAGAUGAAACAACCAAAUCAAGUCAUGAUAAAACAACCAUUGAUGACUGUGAAAGAUUAACAGAAAGAAAAAAUACUUUAUCUACAGAUAUAAAUGUACAGACAACUACAAUAAAAGUUACUAAAACUACAUUUGACGAUAAAACACCUGAAGAUAAUACAACGGUGGGUAAGUCUACUCUAAUAAGCAUUGAAGAUCCAUUGCUAACCAAUGUUCCUGAAGAUGCAACGCCACAACCUUAUGAAACAACCAUAGACAACGAAAUUAAUUAUACUGAUGUAACAACACAAUUAAGUCAACAUCCGACAACCAGUGAUGAUACUGUCAUAUCUGCAGAAACAACGAAUACUCUAUCUACAGAUAAAAGUGUUGAGACGAACACAAUAAAAGUUCCUAUGACUACAUCACAAAACAAGACACCUCAAGAUUAUACAGUUGUAGGUGAGUCUACUCAAAAAAGCAGUGAAGAUCCAUUGCUAACCAAUGUUCCUGAAAAUGCAACAACUCGACCUGAUAAAACAACCGUAGACGUCAAAAUUUACAACACUGAAGAAACAAUAACACCAAGUUCUUAUUCAACUACCAAUAAUAACACUGUCAUAUCUGCAGAAACAACAAAUACUCUAUCAACAGAUACUAAUGUAAAAAUAACCACAAUGAAAGUUUCUAAAACCACAUUUGAUGAUAUAACACUCAGUGACUUUACAAUCGUAGCUGGGUCUACACCAACAACAACUAAAGAUCCUUUCAUAACCCACGUACCUAAAGAUGCAACGCCACAAUCUUAUGAAACAACCAUAGACAACGAAAUUAAUUAUACUGAUGUAACAACACAAUUAAGUCAACAUCCGACAACCAGUGAUGAUACUGUCAUAUCUGCAAAAACAACGAAUACUCUAUCUACAGACAAAAGUGUUAAGACGAACACAAUAAAAGUUCCUAAGACUACAUCACAAAAUAAAACACCUCAAGAUUAUACAGUUGUAGGGAAGUCUACUCCAAAAAGCAUUGAAGAUCAAUUGCUAACUAAUGUUUCUGAAGAUGCUACAACACGACCUGAUAAAACAACUGUAGACGUCAAAAAUCACACUACUGAAAAAACAAUAACACCAAGUUCUUAUUUAACUACCAAUAAUGACACUGUCAUAUCUGCAGAAACAACGAAUUCUCUAUCAACAGAUAAAAGUGUUAAGACGACCACAAUAAAAGGUCCUAAGACUACAUUACAAUAUAAAACACCUGAAGAUUAUACAGUUGUAGGUGAGUCUACUCCAAUAAUCAUUGAAGAUCCAUUGCUAACUAAUGUUACUGAAGAUGCUACAACAAGACCUGAUAAAACAACUGUAGACGUCAAAAAUCACACUACUGAAGAAACAAUAACACCAAGUUCUUAUUCAACUACCAAUAAUGACACUGUCAUAUCUGCAGAAACAACGAAUACUCUAUCUACAGAUAAAAGUGUUAAGACGACUACAAUAAAAGUUCCUGAGACUACGUUACAAGAUAAAACACCUAAAGAUUAUACAGUUGUAGGUGAGUCUACUCCAAUAAGCAUUGAAGAUCCAUUGCUAACUAAUGUUUCUGAAGAUGCUACGACACAACCUGAUAAAACAACUGUAGACGUUAAAAUUCCCACUACUAAAGAAACAAUAACACCAAGUUCUUAUUCAACUACUAAUAAUGAUACUGUCUUAUCUGAAGAAACAACGAAUACUCUAUCUACAGAUGAAAGUGUUAAGACGACUACAAAAAAAGUUCCUAAGACUACAUUGCAAGAUAAAACACCUGAAGAUUAUACAGUUGUAGGUGAGUCUACUCCAAUGAGCAUUGAAGAUCCAUUGCUAACUAAUGUUUCUGAAGAUGCUACGACACAACCUGAUAAAACAACUGUAGACGUUAAAAUUCCCACUACUAAAGAAACAAUAACACCAAGUUCUUAUUCAACUACUAAUAAUGAUACUGUCUUAUCUGAAGAAACAACGAAUACUCUAUCUACAGAUGAAAGUGUUAAAACGACUACAAAAAAAGUUCCUAAGACUACAUUGCAAGAUAAAACACCUGAAGAUUAUACAGUUGUAGGUGAGUCUACUCCAAUGAGCAUUGAAGAUCCAUUGCUAACUAAUGUUUCUGAAGAUGCUACGACACAACCUGAUAAAACAACUGUAGACGUUAAAAUUCCCACUACUAAAGAAACAAUAACACCAAGUUCUUAUUCAACUACUAAUAAUGAUACUGUCUUAUCUGAAGAAACAACGAAUACUCUAUCUACAGAUGAAAGUGUUAAAACGACUACAAAAAAAGUUCCUAAGACUACAUUACAAGAUAAAACACCUGAAGAUUAUACUGUUGUAGGUGAGUCUACUCCAAUGAGCAUUGAAGAUUUAUUGCUAACUAAUGUUUCUGAAGAUGCUACGACACAACCUGAUAAAACAACUGUAGACGUUAAAAUUCACACUACUAAAGAAACAAUAACACCAAGUUCUUAUUCAACUACCAAUAAUGAAACUGUCAUAUCUGCAGAAACAAUGAAUACUCUAUCUACUGAUAAAAGUGUUAAGACGACUACAAUAAAAGUUCCUAAGACUACAUUACAAGAUAAAACACCUGAAGAUUAUACAGUUGUAGGUGAGUCUACUCCAAUGAGCAUUGAAGAUCCAUUGCUAACUAAUGUUUCUGAAGAUGCAACGACUCAACCUGAUAAAACAACCGUAGACGUCAAAAUUCACGACACUGAAGAAACAAUAACACCAAGUUCUUAUUUAACCACUAAUAAUGACACUGUAAUCUCUGAAGAAACAACGAACACUUUAUCUACAGAUACAAAUGUGAAAAUAACUACAAUUAAAGUUUCUGAAACCACAGUUGAUGAUAGAACACUAAGUGAUUUUACAAUCGUAGCUGGGUCCACACCAACAACCAUCAAAGAUCCUUUAAUAACCCACGUACCUGAAGAUGCAACGCCACAACCUUAUGAAAUAACCAUGGACAAUAAAAUUAAUAAUACUGAUGUAACAACACAAUUCAGUGAUUAUCCGACAACUAGUGAAGAUACUGUCAUAUCUGCAGAAACAACGAAUACUCUAUCUACGGAUAAAAGUGUUAAGACAACAACAAUAGAAGUUUCUAAGACUACAUUACAAGAUAAAACACCUGAACAUUAUACAGUUGUAGGUGAGUCUACUCCAAUAAGCAUUGAAGAUCCAUUGCUAACUAAUGUUUCUGAAGAUGAUAAGACACGACCUGAUAAAACAACUGUAGACGUCAAAAUCCACACUAAUGAAGAAACAAUAACACCAAGUUCUUAUUCAACUAACAAUAAUGACACUGUCAUAUCUGCAGAAACAACGAAUACUCUAUUUACAGAUAAAAGUGUUAAGACAACCACAAUAGAAGUUUCUAAGACUACAUUACAAGAUAAAACUUCUGAAGAUUAUACAGUUGUAGGUGAGUCUACUCUAAUAAGCAUUGAAGAUUUAUUGCUAACUAAUGUUUCUGAGGAUGCUACGACACGUCCUGAUAAAACAACCGUAGACGUCAAAAUUCACGACACUGAACAAACAAUAACACCAAGUUCUUAUUUAACCACCAAUAAUGACACUGUAAUCUCUGAAGAAACAACGAACACUUUAUCUACAGAUACAAAUGUGAAAAUAACUACAAUUAAAGUUUCUGAAACCACAGUUGAUGAUAGAACACUCAGUGAUUUUACAAUCGUAGCUGGGUCCACACCAACAACCAUCAAAGAUCCUUUAAUAACCCACGUACCUGAAGAUGCAACGCCACAACCUUAUGAAACAACCAUAGACAACAAAAUUAAUAAUACUGAUGUAACAACACAAUUAAGUCAUCAUCUGACAACCAGUGAUGAUACUGUCAUAUCUGCAGAAACAACGAAUACUCUAUCCAUGGAUAAAAGUGUUAAGACAACCACAAUAGAAGUUCCUAAGACUACGUUACAAUAUAAAACACCUGAAGAUUAUACAGUUGUAGGUGAGUCUACUCUAAUAAGCAUUGAAGAUCCAUUGCUAACUAAUGUUUCUGAAGAUGCUACGACAAUACCUGAUAAAACAACUGUAGACGUCAAAAUUCACACUACUGAAGAAACAAUAACACCAAGUUCUUAUUCAACUAGCAAUAAUGAUACUGUCAUAUUUGCAGAAACAACGAAUACUCUAUCUACAGAUAAAAGUGUUAAGACGAUCACAAUUAAAGUUCCUAAGACUACAUUACAAGAUAAAACAGCUACCGUGAACAGAAGUACAAUAGAAACGAAUAUUUUGGGGUAUUCAACAACACUUAAAGCUGAUGAAACAACUACAGAAGAUCAAAUUUAUGAUACAGAUGUAAGUAUGAAAUCUCCUGUCGAUCUUAUUACUGCUGAUAUAAAUGCAAAAGUAACAGAAGAGUCUUUUUCUACAAUUGACUCAAAUGCUAAGAUUUUUUCAACUGAAGCGUCUGAAAUCGUAUCUGAAGACGUUACAUCUGUAGAAGCCACGACUUUAAAUAAAUAUACCCUUAUUACCAAGAAAGAUUCGUCACAGACAAAUAAGCCAGAUGACUUGACAACAUCUGGAAGUAAGGAAAAACCCUCUGACAUUGCAGUUUCUGAUACUGACGCAACAACAAAAAUUGAUGUUGAUGUAACAGACUUUAAAGCAUCUGAAAACAUAAACGUCGAAAAAACAACGAUGCAAAUAUCUAAAACUACAUCUCAAGAUACAAUGCUCGCAGAUGUUACAAAAUCAAGCGUAUCUUCUAUAACUGAAAACAUAAGUUCUUUGCAGACUGAUCCACGACAAGUUACAAAACCUGUUGAUGAAGUAAAGAGUACCACUCAAAAUAUAAAAUACGAUAACGAGGUUAGUCCCAAAACAAGUCUGAGUCCAACAAGUGUUGAAGUAACUGAUAAGGUGACGGCAAGUGUCUCUGGUGUAACUGGCACAGAAGUAUCUCAAACUAAAUUAACUGACACAACUUCUGUUACGACAUUUAGUAGCCCUGUUACGAUCAAAAACAAUAAUCAUUCGUCAGUUACAAGUUUACAAAAUUCAUCUACAACAGAAAGUGAUAAGAAUCCUAUUUACAAAAACAAAAAUGAUGUUGAGUUGACGACAAAGUCCAGUAUCAGUACAGUAAAAGUAGAAUUAAAUGAUCAAGUCACAGAGAUUCAAAAUUCAACUGCAGAUAAAAAUGUUAAGCUUACUUCUAUUACUAGCUCUAAUCCAAGUACCACUCAGAUACGCCGUAAAGUUGCUAACAUUGUAGUUUGUACUUCAAAACUUAAGCCUGAUAUUGAAGAAAUAAAAUAUGUGUCAUCGUAG